AUGGGUGCAGCCGAGCUUCUUUGGGAAGAGCAGGCCGUGACCGCGCAGUUCGACGCCUGCCUGCGCCAGCAGGUUCUGCCGAAUACGUGCAGCGCUCUGGAAGACUUGUCUUUGCGUCCAGCGAGCAGGCGCAAGCAGUGGGAGAGCGGGGUACGGUUCCGGAUGGUUUCAGAAAUUCUGAGGUCGGCUACCUUUGUUGUACCUAAAUCAGGGAUGCCAGGUUAG